GUCGGAUUGGUCCCCGCGUGACCAGGACGCGAGGUCCUUCCCGAGCGAGCGGUUGGCUGCAUAUAAGGCCCGCUCGCUUCUGGGCGUUAACCUCUCCUGGCCGCAGUCGCCCUAGAUUUGGAAUUCUACACUAAAGUCAUCAUGGGCGUUUUCCAGAGAUUGAUGAAGAAUAAGGAACUCAUUCCUUUGGCGCUUAUCAUAAGCGUGGCCGCCACUGGAGCCUCAUCUUUCGCUUUGUAUGCUUUGAAAAAAACCGACGUGGUUAUUGAUCGGAAAAGAAACCCAGAACCUUGGGAAAUGGUGGAUCCUACUCAACCCCAAAAGCUUAUAACUAUCAACCAGCAAUGGAAGCCUGUUGAGGAGCUGCAGAAAGUCCGGAGGGCGACCAGAUGACUGCUCACCACUCCUUCCUUCCAAAGAACACUCUCUGAAUCUAGUGGAAACACUUCUGCACAAACUAGAUUUUGAUGCCAGUGUGCGGAAAUGCUUCUGCUACAUUCUUAGGGUUUGCCCGCGUCCUUUGGCUCCUGUAUAAGCAAGGGAAGGUAGCACAUAGUCUAAAAUAGUUUUCUGCGUCUUUUGGUGUAAAUUUCAAUUUGUGCCAAUUUUACAGUUGAAAAUUUAUGUUUGUGAUGCUUGGAUAUUUUCCUUGAAAUGUAUAAACAUGUAAAAAUUAGAGUACUGCCUGUAAUAAAAUAAUUAGAUGACUGUC